UCGGCUCCUGCACUGCAGCGAAGUGCAGCCGCGUCUUCCUCUGUCUCUGUGUGUGUGUGUGUGAGUGUGUGUGAGUGCGUGUGUUUUUCACCUGGCCCCGCGGACACCGCCGGCGCGCAGACAGAAGCCCUCGGCGACUUCACGCGGCGCCGCUCACUCGCAGUCGUUCGUCCAGGGAGACGCGAGGCCCACGGAGGGAGAAGAUGCUGAGGCGCCGGCCGUCGAACGCCUCGGAGAAGGAGAAGGAGCAGGUGCAGAAGAAGAAGCUCACCCUGCAGAGGUCCAGCAGCUUCAAGGACUUCAUGAAGCACAAACCCACGUCUCCUGUUUCGGAGAAGGAGUUCCCCCUGGAGGAGAAUGCGGCGGACGGCGUGGCAGCGGAGGAGGUCGUGAAGAGUGGCAGCAAACUGGGCAAGAAGUGGCGCAACGUCAUCUCCCGCACCAUGACGCGCAAGACGUCCAAGAUGGUGCAGAAGGCUCUGGCUGAGGAGGGAGGGGAGAGCGGUGAGGAGCUGUCUCCCGUCUCCUCGGACUGGCUCCCGGACCUGAGCGCAGGUCAGAGGUCGUCUGUGUGCUCCACAGGGUCGGAGGACACGCUGCCCAGCCCCGUCACCCGCCAGCUCUCAGGCAGCAGCGACAGGCAGAGCUUGGACAGUGGCUACUGCCAGAGGGACAGCAUGAGGCUGGAGGACAACGGCGUCGCCUACAACGGGCCGUUCUGCGGCCGAGCGCUGGUCCACACCGACUUCACCCCGAGCCCUUACGACAUGGACUCGCUGAAACUCCAAAAAGGCGACAUCAUCCACAUCAUUGAGAAGCCCCCCGUGGGGACGUGGACAGGGAAGCUCAACAACAAAGUGGGCUCCUUUAAGUUCAUCUACGUCAACCUCCUGCCUGAUGAAAGCCCCCCGGCCCGGAGGAAGCGCUGCAGCAGGAGCCACCGGGGCAAAUCCAAACCCACAACACUGGAGGAGGUGCUGGACAGCAUCGGCCUGACGGAGCUCGGGUCUUUGCUGUCCAUGCACGGCUUCCAGAGCACGGAGGACUUCGCGGGCCUGAAGGAGUCUCACCUCAACGAGCUGAACAUCACCGACCCGGAGCAGCGCUCCAAGAUCCUGAACGCCAUCGAGCUGCUCAGGGACUCGGAAGAAGACUCCGAGCCGGAGCAGCAGGAGGAGCGAUCCGCUGAGGACGACAAGGAGCCGAGGGACUCGGGUUGCUUCGAAAGCUCCGAGAACCUGGAGAGCGUCCGCGAGGAGCCCAAGGCGGAGGGAGAGCAUCCGUCUGAGGCCUCGGGGGAGAAACCGAGCGAAGGCGCAGAGGAACACAAGCAGGGGUCAGGACGGGAGGAGGAGGAGGAGGAGGAGCAAACACAGGAGCUGGAGGCCGUGCAGGAGCAGCUGCAGGAGCUGACGGUUGACGAAGGAUGCUGAGGAGCGAAUCAGUCAACUGUGUUAUUAUUCCCGUUAUUCCCGGUUCUCAGAGACUCAAACAUCAGCAAGAAGCUGCACUUCACUGUGGGAGAGGAACAAAUACUGUAUAAAGGCGACGACUUAUCCUGUUGGUUCUUGGUUGGUACUCGAGGCGCAUGCGCGGCCACAAAUCAAGCAUUUAAAGUUUUCUGUGUCUCAAAACCAUGAAUGUAUAUUUUCUGAUGUUUUCCAUGUAACUUGAAAGAAUUUUUAAUUUAGUUCUGUUCCGUUUUAGUUGUGUGUGCUACAUUAUACUCACGUGUGUUGUUGUGAUCCUGUACAUAGACUAGAAAUAAACAUAAACCACUGGAAUGUUAAA